AUGGACUUUUUACUGGCGGAUUUGCCGAAGUCAGUUCCGAACUCGCUGCAGUUUGGCCCCAAUGUUAAGGCAAGAUCAGCCAUCUCAAACACCCUGUCUGGGGACUUCCACAAUUUCACGGGCGUUCUGGAAAAAGACAUACUCUUCCAAAUUGUCUAUAUCGUUGAUGUGUGCACUUCAAAAGCAGAGAGAGAUCGGACAGCCAACCGGGACGUUAACAAUGUUACAGUCGAUACAGUCAGGGCCUCCAAAAUGAUCCAAUCAAGAGAAAAUAGAGAUCAAAAAGGUGAAAUCGUUGAUACCGGGUUCAAAGUGUUCAAACUUACUCUGGAAGAUUCUCGCGGGAACCUUGUUUAUGGGUUUGAGAUUGAGCCCCUUGGCUUCCUCCGCCAGCCCAUAAGACAUCAUGGCGUGGAUCCUCUAAAUGGUCUUCCCAGAGGUCCCAUUCAAAGAAGUCCUAUACGACUAGGCUCCAAGCUAAUAGUCCACAAAAACACCAGGAGCAGUCUGGGGCUUCUGAUGCUGUCCACAAGGAACGUGACAUUUCUCGGUGGAUCGGUUGACGAGCUUAAUGAUUGA